UUAGCUUGAUCCCGGUCUGAGGGCAAAAUAAAUGCAAGCUUUCAGCGUCCUCACUCUUUUUGAUCUGUUACUGUUUUCACUGCUUCUGCCACCCAAGAGAAACUAAUCCAAAAUUUGUUUUCUUUUUCCCUUCCUGGGUGUGAAUAUUUUCCCACCAAUAUUUCCAUAUACCGCUUCAGAGAAGGCUGCUUCAAUAAUAAACGUUUUGGGCAAAAAGGAAAAAAAAAUAGACCAUGUUUGUUUGCUUUCAUGGGGCCUUUGGGAGUUCAUGGAAAAAACUUUAAUAUCCAGCGAGAUCUCAGUUAAAAACCUUUCACAGGCUUCUUUUAUGUGCAUCUUUUUUGCAACCUCAGAGGUAUAAUGAACAAUUUCUGGCAGAGAAAAAGAAAUUAGACGUCCAAAAUUGAAUGAAUGAAAGAUCGUAAUGAGUCCUGACGCAUUGUGCAGCCACUGACAGGAAAUGAUGUUGUUCGCUUGCAAGAGGCCGUUACUAUAGUAACUGAAGCAGGUGUGCUUAUUAACCGGAAGAGGAGUAGAGGUUGAUCUGGCAGAGAAAAGAACAAGGUCAGAGCUCUACAAAGCCUGCCACAAUAAACGGCUGAAAUCUCCCAGCGACAGCUUUGCCAAAAACAACUUCUGACUUGAAUAUCUUCUAAAAGCUCGCCUGCGAGAAACUCGGUGCAAAGCUGCUGACUGUUUUUAGCCUCUUCCUCUGUCAGAGUGAGUAAACAUAGGCGGAGGGAAUGCGCAAGACGGAGAAGGGCUCCGUUAAGACGGCAAGGUUCUGGGUCUGAGUGGAGUUGAGGAUUCUGCUAUCCUGUCUGACAUUCUGGUGCCUUAAAGUGUCAUUGAGCAAAACCCAAACACUUGGUCUGCCAUCAUGCCGAUCCUUAAGCAGCUAGUAGCAUCUUCCUCCCAGACGAAGCGCCGCUCACGCAUGGAUCUGACACGAGAGAUGAUCAGCGCCCCUCUAGGCGAUUUUCGCCACACCAUGCACGUCGGCCGCAGUGGUGAUGCCUUCGGGGACACUUCUUUUCUCAGCAGCCGCUCUGGAGAACCCUCCCCUGAGACCUCAUCCUUCCCUCGGUCACCUCGGCCUGGACUUCUGUCGCGCACCUUCAGAAGCAGCAAGCGUUCCCAGUCAGUCAACAGAGUGGACCAACAUGGGGAUGGCAGCCUGAUGGUCCCCGGAGGCUCGCCCACGUUUGUUAAAAACGCCAUGUCUCUGCCUUUCCUCAACAAUGAGGAUAGAAGCGACAGCAUGGGGGCUAAGAGUUUGUCUUCAAGUCCAUUUAAGCAGCAUGAACUGCAAGGAGAAAGUGGGGCCGCUGCUGCAGCACAUUUCCUCGAGCUGCAGGAAAAAAGCUUCGGGGAACUGACUGAGCUACCAGAAUAUCCCAUACCGUACGGAGGUGGAAUGAAGCACGCAGAGUCAGUGAUGUCCUUCCAUGUUGACCUGGGCCCCUCAAUGCUGAAUGAUAUCCUGGGUGUGAUGGAGAAAGAAGAUGAUGAUCUUGGCUAUGAGGAGGGAAAGAGCAGCGAGGGCCGGGCUUCACCACCCGUCAGUGCCAACGGGGACAAAGAGGACGUUUUAAAGGAAAGGGAACAUGUAGACGGGGAGGAAGAGAUGGAGGAGGAGGAUGGUGAGGUGCGGCAUGAAGCCUCUCUCCUCUCAGCCGUCUCUCUUGAUUUUAGGCCAGAGGACGAGGGGCCGUACACCCCUGAGAUACGUCCCAAACACUUGCAGCACCUAGACAGCUGCUCCAUGUCAAGUUCUGGUUCUGCCGCAAUGGAUGACAAACCCAACAGCCACAAUUAUACAGGAGAUACAGAUAGCGCCACUUUCAGUGCUCCGCCCGAAGAGGAAAGCAAUUUCUCCUCUUUCUUGGAAGAUGAAGAGGAUGAAAUCCGUGUAUGAGAGUCCUGAGCCACAAACACAGAACUAAAGUUGUAGAUUUUUUUUUUUAUCUUAAUGGCAAACUAACACCAAUACUGUGGAAAUAAAAAGGUGUUUGCACAGGACAAAGCAAGCAUGACUCUCCUUCAGGCAAAUCGAGCUUCUCCCUUGGCCUUACCCCUCAGCCGUGUUUGCCUGUCAACCCGUCUCUCCUUUUGAACACUAAGGUGACUGAACAGAAUGCUAGCAGAUGGGCAAAGGGAGUUGGGAUUAUAGAGGAUCUUUGCUAGGAAGACCACUUUUCUCAUCUGAAACCCAGCUCUCUGAUUUGACGCUUGUGGGUUUCUCCUUUGGUUGGACGUGCUGAGAGAAAGAGCAGCGAGGGGACAUCAUGCGGCCUGAGCCGAACAGAAGGCUUCUGUCACAACAGGAUCAGUGGUGGGUGUCCUGUCACAAUAAAGCGAGCUGUGUUUGUGGCUGCAGAGUGAGAGCGGGCAUCAGGCCUCUUUCAUCAGCAAAUAUUAUAGCAGAGCUGCAGAUCUGUGAGACUUUGUUCCUUUAUUGUCGCGUCUGUAACUCAGGGUCUCUGUGAUGCCGCUCAAAGGCAGCCUUCUCCCACUCUAUGCCUAGACCACAAAGCCUGAAACUCUCCUGUUACUCAUAUAAAAGUUGAGUUUUGAUUCAAAAAAUUAAUCAAAAACAGUAUUAUGACUGUCCAGCAAGCUUUUCUUUCCUGCAUCCUUGUUUUAACAUGUUUCUUUCUGAAGCUAUUGGCAUGAACAGACUUGUUCCUUCUUCUCAUCCGUAGUAUAACUGAAACUUCAGAUGAGUAUGGCAACCACAUCCUUCCUUGUUCUGAUACAUCCGAGCAACUGCAGAGGUGCAACCAAACUUGAUUUUCAUCUCUAAACUGAACUGUUAUUUAUGCAUCGGUUCCACCACUACAUGCAAGUAGGGUUUCAAGGUUGACCGGCGAGUGUUUCAGCACUCGCAAGUAAACCAAACACUACUAGUAUUUCUUUUUGUUGACGGUUUAUGUGUGUCUGGAAUGGGUGUGCUUUGUUUUUAUUGUCAGAAAAAAAGAUUUGCCUAAUUUCUGCUUAAAGACUGACCAAGAAAACAGGACAUAGGCAGUAGCAGGUGCAAAAGGCGUUAGGAAAAUCUUGACUUUUUUUUUCUUAUUUUUUCUUUGCUAGUUGCACAGUCAUUGCAGCCCAGCUCUGCCUCUUGCGUCAUUAAAGCCAUGAGGCUGAGGCUUACUUGUGCUGAUUGAUUUCACUGCCUUAACUGAAACUGACAGAUGUGCCAAAUUAUCAUUUUUGAGCCAAAAAUAAUUUCAGCGCUGCGACUCGCUUGGGAGAGGGAGCCUGACGGAGAUGUUAUUUCGUUUGUGCAGGUAAUGGGUUUGAACAUAGUUUUAGAUUCAGAGUCGCGGGUUAAAGUCAUCAAAAUAAAUGUUCUGAAGUGAAAAAUCCCGUUGGAAGAGGAGAAAAUGAGUCUGCAAAGCUGGAUGUGCAUCACUUACACACUACACAUUUCAGUGAAGACAUUUCAGAGGUUUGUUUUGUGUGAAUGAGUUUUUUGUGAUAUGCUUUAUUUCUUUCUGUACUCGAGAUAACCUAUAUUUUUCAAUAAAAGAGAACCACGAUUA